CUGUUGUGACUACUGUCAAAUUAAAUAUGAUAACAGGGGACUGGGUUAGGUUAUAUUUAUCAUUAUAAAGUGAAGAAACAGAGUUACAUCUCUGUUUCUAUAUAAAAUGACCACAAAAAUAUUAACUCUUGGGAACAUUCUAAGCAGACCUAUUAGUAUUCUCAUCAAACAAAAUAAUGUAACACCUAACCUAAAAACCAGUUUCAGUACUUCUUCUGUGGCUUGUGUAAACUUCUUCAAUAAAUUGCCUGCAGAAAAGCUGUGGAAGUCAGUAACAUCCGUAAGUAAUGCUGGAGCCAAGAAGGGUCGUGGUAAAGGUGCGGGUCGCAUUCGGAUCCGUGACCUGAACAGAGGCCAAGUUAUUGGUGUGGGUAGGUCUAGUAUGUUGUGGCCUGGUCUCUCAGCACCUGUGAUCAGGGGUAGAGAACUGCUGAAGCAGCAAAGACUGCCUGAUGACCCGGAGAGACUGGAGAAAUUAAUAAAGAUCCGAGACUCAAUGACAAAGUUCCGUCGUCUCAAACUUAGUCCCAUUGAGAGAGGUUGGUCUGGCAUGAAGAUGCCUGGACGCAGCCUUGGACCUCCAGAUCCAGUUGGUGAAGAUCACUUUACUGGUUUUGACACUAAAGUACUUCAGCUGAGGUCACUUCUUAUCAUGAAGGGAAGUCUUGGCCGCACCAGGAACUUUCAAGCUAUGGUGGUAACUGGAAAUGGCCAAGGCUUGGCUGGUUUUGGUCUUGGCAGAGCAAAGGAAAUGCCAGCUGCUCUAAGGAAAGCUAGGAACAGGGCUGGUCAGAAGCUUAUGCAUUUUGAAAUUUACAAUGGACACACAAUCUACCACGACUUUUACACGGCCUUCGGAAAAACCAAGAUCUUUGUUCAGAAGAAAAAUGAAGGAUAUGGUCUGAUGUGCCACAGGGCAAUCAAGGAGAUCUGUCAAGCUAUUGGUAUUAAAGACUUGAGAGCCAAGGUCGAGGGGUCGAACAAUCUGCAGCAUAUUGUAAAAGCGUUCUUCAUUGGUCUUCUGCAACAGAGAACUCACCAACAACUAGCCGAGGAGAAAAAGCUUCACCUAGUCGAAUACAGGUCAGAAAACGAAUACUUCCCAAAAGUGGUCGCCAGUCCGUCCGAAGUUAGAACGAAGGAGGAACUUCUCACAAACGAGACUUUAGACUUCACUCAGUACGUCAUGAACAACAAAGUCAUUCUCAAGAAGAAGAAGUACCCUCGCUUCUAUGAGACCAUGCCCCAUUACAAGAUAUAUCUUAAGAAGUAUGAGAAGUAUAGGAACCAUGAGAAAAUACGGCGCAACCUGAAGGUCGAAUACGGAGAAGUCAAGAGCUUCCUCACAGACAAAUACCCAGAGAAAGCGGAACAGGAAGCCCAAUAGAUAGAAUAGUGUAUUAUGUAUAGUGUUAGUAAAUAAAAACAAAUAAUGUUGCAAUCAUU